AUGCUACCAGCCGAGAUAAGGACUGAGGUGGUGUCCUAUCUCCUGUGUCCUGAUUUCGAUGAUUUCUUUGAUGCCCGCGACGGUCUAGACUGGGACACGUUGAAGUACUUUGGCCCUCCCCGGGAUGCCUAUUCUGCCAUGCGUGGUGGCGCGUGGAUAAGAACCUCGUUCUACACGCUACAGCCUGAUAUCAAGUCUCUUUGCAAUGUGCGGCUGGUCUCCAGGGACUGGCUCACGGCUGUCAACGCUGUCUUGGAAAAGCAUCUUUGGUGGAACGCGGAGGUUGGGUCUCGGGAGAAGCUGCAAAGAGUGGCCAGCGCAUGCUCCCCAAACGCCGAGCAUGUCCAUGCAUUCGCCGGCAAUCCAGUCAAGCGACUUAUGAUACCUUCGAUCGAGGAUGCGCUGGCUUUUGAGCGCAUCUUUACGUACGAAUGGGACCAACCAGGAGAAGAAGUACUUGAAACGGCUGAUAGGCGAAUCCGACGAGAUGAAACUAACUUACUGUCGGAAAACCCGUUCAAGAACUCUCAUCCAAGGGAGCUUAUUGACCGAAUAUUUAGCCGCUUGGGUAACAUCGAAGCCUUGAGCCUCUCUUUCCCCGAGGCCUUGUCCGAUUGGGACAACGGCGCCGAGGGCAAAGCAUACUUUUAUGACAUGGAGGUGAUCGAUUCGUGCGUGGCCUUCUUCCAAAACGCGCUAGCCAAUCCUUCAUUCCAGUUCCUCGCUGACCUGACGCUGAAUCUGCCGUGCACAUACCACGUGGGAGACUUCGCCAAGUGCCUGGACCAGCAGGCCCGCGAACGACUGCUACACCUGAAGAUUGGUAUCAAGGACUGUACGGGAGACAUGGGCUGCCGAGAAAAUUAUGUCAUUAGCGGAUUCGAGAUUGUGGAGCGUGAUGGGGACGUUCAGGGAUUGAGAUCGAAUGACUUUCCUUUCAGCAAUGUCCAAAGACAGUUCCCCAACCAAGGUUGCCAGGACGCCAUGUGGGAUUUUGUCGCAUCUUGCCCCAAUCUCUCGUGUCUCUGUAUUGUGGCGACUCAGUUCCUAGAUGUGGCAAGGUUGGAUUGGAAGAAAUCGCCCAAAUCCCGGGGUUUGAGAGUCCUAUCUCUGGACCGUGUCUGGGUCAGUGUUGCCGCGAUCAAGUCACUCCUACAACCGCAUUCGGCAUCCAGUGCCCCUCCUGCGCUUCGACGUAUCAACAUUUAUGACGCCAAGCUGCAUAUCGAGGGUGGUAACUGGGAAGAUCUGUUUGUUUAUCUCAAAGAAAACUGCCCAAGUCUUGAAUGCGGCAAGCUGGGGCAGCUGACUUACUUUGAGGACCACCCUCGGAAUGAUUACGAGGAACAUCAUGAUGAGGAACAAUUUGUAUGGUCGACUGAGGAGACAGACAAAGAAGAGUAUUCUUCUCUUAACGAAAUGCUAAUUGAAAGGGCUGGCGGCAGAGAAUUCUAUCCACAAAGCCUUGUCGAGUAUUUGAGUUAG